AUGGCCGACCGUGCUAACGAUGCGAACGAUGAGCCACUGCCCCAUGACGCGAUGGCCGACGAGGAAGAAGUGGACGGCAUCGACGAGAUGUUCAACAAUGAAGAAGAAGACCCUGAAGACGAGGACGGAGAGAAUCUGUUCGGCGAUGACAUGGAGAGGUAGUUGAUUAUAUCAAAACUAGCUUCAAAAUCGGUUAUUCCAGAGACUACCGCGAGCAGCCGGAGCUCGAUCAGUACUCGGAGUCUGGAAUGGACGACGCUUCGGAUGUCGGAAGCUUGUCGGUCGAUGCUCGUCGUGCUGCCGAAAGAGAGAUGGCUCAACGUGAUCAAAUGCUGGACGACGACGCCUUGAUGUACGAGGAGGGCGACAGCGAGGCGGAUUCGCGUCGUCGCGGACGUCGUGGAAGACGUGAUCGUCGUCAAGAGGCUGACGCCGACGAACAAAUGGAGGAAGACAUUCCGGUUGACAUUCUGGAGAAUAUUCGUGGCCGAACCAUCCGUGACCAUGUUUCCGACGAGGCGGUUGCAAAGGAAAUCGAGAGAAGAUUCAAGAACUUCCUCCGUUCUUACCAUGAGCCGGGAAACAAACAGACCAAGUACAUCCAGCUGAUCAAGGCGAUGGCGGCGGAUAAUAAGGAGUCGCUGGAAGUCAGUUUCACUGAUUUGAGUGACGAGAACGGCGAGCAGAACAUUUCCUACUUCUUGCCGGAAGCUCCGAAUGAGAUGCUCGCUAUCAUGGAUCGUGCCGCCACCGACGUCGUCAUGAACAUGUAUCCGUUCUAUUCGCGUGUGUGUCAAGAGAUUAAGGUCCGGAUCUCGCAUCUGCCAGUCGAGGAAGACAUUCGAAUGUUGCGUCAAGUUCAUCUGAACAUGCUCAUUCGUACGAGCGGAGUCGUCACAAUCGCCAGUGGAAUUCUCCCGCAAUUGGCCAUCGUCAAGUACGAUUGCGUCGCUUGUGGAUACCUUCUCGGCCCAUUUGUGCAACAGAACGACGAGGAAGUUCGUCCAACAAUCUGUCCGUCGUGCCAAGGGAAAGGUCCUUUCGAGUUGAACGUGGAGAACGUGAGAUUCCAAAAUUCAUACUUCAGAAUUGAAAUGGAUAUUUUCAGACCGUUUACCACAACUACCAACGCAUCACGAUGCAAGAGUCCCCAAACAAGGUCGCCGCCGGACGCCUUCCCCGUUCCAAAGACGUCAUCCUGCUCGGAGACCUGUGCGAUUCUUGCAAGCCCGGAGAUGAGGUAGAGGUGACUGGAGUCUACACGAACAACUUCGACGGAUCUCUCAACUACAAGCAGGGAUUCCCAGUUUUCAACACUUUGAUCCAUGCAAAUCAUAUCACCAACAAGGACAAGAUGGCUUCCGAUCAGUUGACCGAUGAAGAUAUCAAAGCGAUCCGCGAGCUUUCCAAGGAUCCCAAUAUUGCCUCCCGUGUCUUCGCUUCCAUUGCCCCUUCGAUCUACGGACAUGACGACGUCAAAAGAGCCAUCGCACUUGCUCUGUUCCGCGGAGAAGCCAAGAAUCCGGGAGCGAAGCAUCGUCUGAGAGGAGAUAUCAACGUGCUGCUCUGCGGAGAUCCAGGAACCGCCAAGUCUCAAUUUUUGAGAUAUGCUGCUCACAUUGCCCCUCGUUCCGUGCUCACAACCGGACAAGGAGCAUCGGCCGUCGGUCUGACUGCCUAUGUGCAGAGACAUCCGGUGACUCGUGAAUGGACCCUCGAGGCUGGAGCCAUGGUGCUGGCCGACAAGGGAGUCUGUCUUAUCGACGAGUUCGACAAGAUGUCCGACCAAGAUCGUACUUCCAUCCACGAGGCAAUGGAACAGCAGUCGAUCUCCAUUUCGAAGGCCGGAAUCGUCACUUCUCUCCAUGCUCGCUGCACAGUCAUUGCCGCUUCCAAUCCAAUCGGAGGACGGUACAAUCCGACGAGAACUUUCGCCGAGAAUGUUGAUCUCACUGAACCAAUUCUCUCCCGUUUCGACGUUCUCUGUGUCAUUCGUGAUUCUGUGGAUUCUGUUGAGGAUGAGAGGUUUGUCGUCAACGUCGUCAGUUGCUUUUACAACCUCACCUUUACAGACUUGCUAAGUUCGUCGUUGGAAGCCAUCGUCAGCAUCAUCCGGAUGCUCAGCGUUCCAAAGAAGACGAAACCACUGCUCACGAGGACGAAGACCGUUUGGACGAACGAACGGGCGUGCAUCUCAUUCCACAGGAUCUUCUCCGCAAGUACAUCAUCUACGCCCGUGAGAAGUGCCAUCCGACCCUGCCGGCUCAGCAUUCGGAGAAGUUCUCCAACAUUUUCGCGAUGAUGAGAAAGGAGAGCAUGGCGACCGGAUCUGUGGCCAUCACUGUCCGUCACGUCGAGUCAAUGAUCCGUCUGUCUGAGGCUCAUGCCAAACUCCAUCUGAGAUCGUAAAUGAUCUUUUGCUUGCACUGUUUUCCAACUUCACCUUUUCAGGUUUGUCAACGACGACGACUGCGCUGCAGCCACUCGCAUCAUGCUCGAAUCGUUCGUGAACACGCAGAAAGCGUCGAUUAUGCGACAGAUGAAGAAGACGUUCUCGCGCUACCUCACCGAGAACCGUUCGGCGAAUGAGCUUCUGCUAUUCGUGCUCAAGCAGCUCAUUCGUCAGCAGAUGCACUACGCCUCGGCACGUGGCGGUGGAGACUCGAUCAUCCAGAACGUGACCGUUUCGGAGGCCGAGUUCAUCGAGAAGGCCCAUCAAUUGCGCAUCGAGAACGUGAAGCCGUUCUAUACUUCCGAUAUUUUCACUUCUAACAACUUCACGUAUGACCCGUCGAGAAAGACAAUUGUUCAGGAGAUCUUCUAG